CCUUAGACUACCCUUGGAUAGCUCCUACUAUUGACAUCAAUGUCACAUUUGUCAGCAGUAUUGGUUUAAUGGUUUCAUUUAAGGAUAAUAAUAUUGGUCAACCUCCAGUCAAUUUAUGUAUCAUUACUUUGAAUGGUGUUAACACACCCUGCCAAAUAGAUGAAACUUACACAUUUCCUAUAACAGAUGGAGUAAUUGAUUAUACUUACACUAUUGUAGUUGGCAAUGUUGUUGGAUCACUGUCUAAGACUGGUGUUGUACGAGAUUUGAUGGUACCAACUUCAGUACUUAUUCCUACAACGGCAAUAGUAACACAAACAAUGACAGUAACAGUAACAUCUGGUUAUUCUGGUAAUUUAUAUGUUCAUGCUAUUGGGAUUAUGAUAAUCACUGGGAUAGUGGAUACCAUAAAUAGAAAAAUGUUAAUGCAUCAUUGUGGAUGAUAUUGUUUUCAGUGAGCACAA